AAAUUGGGACGCCAUCUACCUCGAAUAGCCAGCGGGGACGCCGAUGAAGAUUGGGUAGAACCGGAAAGUUCGGACAAGAUGGAAGAAGAUAGGCGGGAUCGACAUUCAACGAGAGCACAGCGUAUCUUGAAACGGGAAGGAGAACUAUCGACACCUGAACGCCCGCAGGCUCAGGAGUUGAUUAUACCUGGAGUGACAAACGCCGACGAGGUUGCAGGCAUACCUGGUAGAUUGCGGCUAUCACGAGAUCGAGCGCCAAGCAAUCCCGACUCCCCUCUUCCGUCUGCCCGACUUGGAAGAGGCUCGUGGGCGGAUGUACAGAGGCAUCUUUUGCAAGCUUAUGAGUAUCUUUGCCAUGUUGGGGAGGCGCAGCAAUGGAUAGAAGGCUGUCUCGGCGAAGAACUCGGGUUCGGUGUCGUAGAGAUGGAGGAAGGUCUGAGAAACGGCGUUGUGCUGGCGAAAUUAGUGAGAGUAUACCAGGGAGAUGGGGUCGUGCGCAGGAUCUACGAGGCCCCCAAGCUUGAUUUUCGACAUUCCGAUAAUAUCAACUAUUUCUCUGAAUUCGUCAGGCAAGUCGGCCUUCCCGAGAGCUUCAUUUUUGAACUAACUGAUCUUUAUGAGAAAAAGAACUUUCCCAAGGUCAUAUACUGCAUUCAUGCUCUAAGUCAUCUACUUGCUCGUCGUGGUAUGGCGGAAAGGAUUGGCAACUUGCUCGGUCGAUUACAAUUCUCGGAUGAUCAACUUCGAAAGACGCAGAAAGGCCUCAAGGACGCCGGUGUCCCUAUGCCAAAUUUCGGUAACGUUGGCAAGGAGCUUGCCAAGGAGAUCAAUGAAGAGCCCGAAGUCGAAAUCGAGACAGAAGACGAACGUCGCGACCGUUUGUUGCUUGAGAACGAAUCGUCAAUUACCGCAACUCAGUCUCUGGCCCGCGCAUUCCUGAUUCGAAAAACGCAUGCGACUCAACGUGCGCGCUUGCAAUUAGCCGAGCGAUAUGUACCACAGCUCCAAGCUCAGUGUCGAGGCGUUCUUUCUCGUCGGAUUGUUCAAGAUCGUCGACAAGAUCGAAUGGAUCUCGCACCUUGGACUGUCGCCUUACAAGCGACCGCUCGACGUGUUCUAGCCAGGCAGCAUCUAUUCGCUCGAUUGCAACAAAUCUUAUCUCAUUCCUACAUCUUCGUUCAAGUUCAGGCUCAGACCCGAGGUUAUUUAGUGCGCCAUCGCAUCGCAAAACUGAAAUCUGCUGUCAGAACUAGCAGCAUUUCAGUACUCAAGCUACAAUCCUUAGCCCGUGCAAAGAUCGUUCGGCAGCAGCAAAAGAAGCUGAUGAGGGUCUUUGCAUCUGAUGAUGUCACGACUGGGAUUGUUGGAUUUCAGGCAACUGCUCGAGGAGUUCUCUUGAGACGCUCCAUCGCCAAACGGCUCAAUGAGCUGGAUCGGUUGGAGGUCGCCAUCAUCUCUUUGCAAGCUCACGUUCAAGGAGUCCUUGUGCGCCGACGAGUUCACGCGCAGCUGUCCAAAUUGGAGGAUGUUUCACAGACCGUCAUUCGAAUCCAAGCAGCUGUUCGGACAUUUCUGGCCCGAAAGCGUCUUUUGACGCUCAUACGAGGUCUUCGCAAAGCUACCCCGAUUGUGGUACACCUGCAGGCUCGUGCUAGGGCUAAUCUUGCUCGACAACAGCAUAUCUCGGUCAAUAAGACGCUGUCGAAGAUUGAGAUCGUCUCUUCCGUCGGAGGGUUUCAGGCACUGGCUCGGGCGGCGCUGGCUCGUAAUCGUCAUCGUGAACAGAACAAACAGCUCGAGUUUGCUGCGCCAGACAUCGUCGGGUUUCAGGCCGUUGCUCGGGGAGCCUUGGUUCGGUUGGAAUAUCGUGCCUGGCGUAAUCAUCUAUGGAACAAUCAAGGCGUGGCAAUAUUUCUCCAAGCGUUGUUGCGCGGUAAUUUGUGUCGCCGGAAAUUCCGUGCAAAAAUGCAAUACUAUCGAUCCCACCUCGACAAGGUUGUCAAGAUCCAGUCGCUCUUCCGAGCCAAGGAGACGCGCGAGCAGUACCGCCAACUCACUCUGGGCACAAAUGUGACCGUUGGCACGAUCAAGAACUUUGUACAUCUACUCGACGAUUCCGAGACUGAUUUCCAGGAAGAGGUUGACCUUGAGCGAAUGCGGAAACUGGUAGUCGAGAGAAUUCGGGAAAAUCAGGCCCUCGAGAGCGACGUGAACGACUUGGACAUGAAGAUUGCCCUUGUUGUUCAAAAUGUCAAGAGUUUUGAGGAGCUCAUAAAAGCUCGAAGACGGUAUGGUGCUGAUAGCGCUGCAGCACAUGCAGCAAGGGCAUCUGUUCUCGCCGCGCAUGGUGAUCCUUUCGCUGGCCCGAAUACGCUCGAUCAUGCUGCAAAACGGAAACUUGAGUUGUAUCAGCAGCUGUUCUACCUUCUGCAGAGCAAAGGUGAAUAUCUUGGCAAGCUAUUCGUGAAGGUGUCUUUGGACGGGGUGCCAGAGAAGAGUCGUCGAAUGCUGGAAAGAGUCGUGUUAACGCUCUUCGGCUACGGACAAGAUCGUCGAGAGGACUAUCUUUUGCUCAAACUCUUCCAGUUCGCAAUCAACGAGGAGAUUGCUAACGCAAAAUCCAUCGAGGACAUUGUUCACAAUCACCCCAUGUACAUCAACAUAGCCGUGCAUUAUAUACGUCCUAAACAGACAACACAUGUCCGAGAAUCUCUGCAGAAUAUCAUUCGUGAGCUCAUUGAUGCCGAGGAGCUGGACUUGGAAGUUGACCCUACUCGGAUCUACAAGUCAAAGAUAGAUCUUGAGGAAAUGCGGUCUGGCAUUGCUUCCACCAAGAUCAAGGAUGUCACGUUCAGAGAGGCAUUGGACGACCCAAUCAUAAGGCCGGAAUAUAUCCGGCAUCUGCAAGUCCUCCAGUGGUGGACAGAAGCUUUCCUUGUCGCUGUAACCCAGUCAAUUAAGAAGAUGCCCUACGGUAUACGUUUCCUGGCUCGCGAAAUGCUGCAUGCUCUCCAAAGUAAAUUUCCUAAAGCUACCGAGGACACUUGUGCAACAUGUAUUGGCCGGCUCGUAUAUUAUCGAUACAUCAACCCGGCGAUCAUUGCGCCAGAAACUUUUGGUAUUGUGACAAGUACUGUCGACAUUAGCUCUCGCAAGAAUCUGGACCAGAUCUCGAAAGUUCUCACCCAGGUCACCACAGGGGUGGAGUUCGGUGAUGACAAUCCGAGCUAUAUCCCCAUCAAUGAUUUUGUGCAGAAAGCCAUCAAGCAGGUUACUCAAUGGCUUUUGGAAGUGGCCGAUGUUCCGGAUGCGGAAACACAAUAUCAUGCACACGAAUUUCUUGAUGUCACGGUUCAGCCGAAGCCCAUUUACAUAUCUCCGAAUGAGGUUUACGCUAUGCAUACACUGCUCGCACAGCAUAUCGACUUCUUGGCUCCAGGUCGGGAUGACACUCUCAGAGUGAUUAUCCAUGAGCUCGAUGGAGUGCCACACAUUGGUGAUGAUGAGCUGAAGGACGCAAGAGAUCAGGCUAUCACGCUUGACCUCACUAAUCGCUUUGCUCAUGUCAAUGAUCCUCGAGCUGAAGAGAAAACACUUUGGAUCCAGGCGAAGCGUGCUGUGCUUGCCAUUCUUCGUGUACAGCCUGGCAAAGAUCUGGUCGAGUCCUUGAUGCAGCCUGUCACGGACGAACACGAGUUGAUAUGGGAGGAAGUGUUAGAGACUGAAAUGGCAGCCGAUCACCAGCUCAAGCAUCCGAGGCGUAUGCCUUCAACUGUGGCUCAAGAAUCUGGUUAUCGCUUGGAAGAUAUUCGAUCUCUAUCUUUUCGUGAAGUCAAGGCACACGCCAUAUUCUUCCUUCUCGAAUUAGAGAAACAAGGGAAGAUCACAAGAGAGGAUGGGUAUCAGGGCAUCCUCAAUGCCAUCGCAAACGAUGUCCGUAGCAAGCAUCGCAUGCGGUUACAACGCCAGAAAGAGAUCGAUAGCAUGAAAGAAGCCCUACUCAAUUUAAGCCAGCGGAAGAAAGAGUUCGAGGAGCAGAUCAACAGUUACAAUAACUACGUUGAGACUGCUAUGGCCACAAUGCAACGCGGGAAAGGGAAGAAACGUUUCGUCAUGCCCUUCACAAAACAGUACUUUCAUUUACGAGACCUACAAAGAUCUGGGAAGUCUCCUCAAUUCGGGUCUUUCAAGUAUAGUGCUCAAGUCCUAUACGACAAAGGCGUAUUGCUGUCCAUUGACCAAUUCUCUCCUCGCCAAUUCGAUAAGAUUGACCUUGUGCUAUCUUCGAAUCAAGUGGGGAUUUUCACAAUCGAAGUGUUCAACCACACGCUCGGCAUCACUAACCGUGUCGCAUCGGCCGACAUUCGCAUGGAGGAUCUUUUACAAGCUCAGUUCCAGGACAGAGCAUCUCUUUCCCUAUUUAAUGGCCUCGCAAAGUUCAACCUCAAUCUAUUGCUGUAUCAGAUCAAUAAGAAGUUCUAUGUAUGAUUACUUUUUGCAAGUUAUUAAUUUUGUCUUCGUUCUGUGCUCGUCGUACGACAUGUCAUGUUCGUCUUCUCUGUCGUCAUCCUCUAGUCACACAAUUCUCUGGCUGUGCUGUGCUGUGCUCUAAACUAUGUGCUUUUAACUGCUCAGCGGAUCAACUUUUCUUUUCCGCGUUCUAUAUAUCUGCAUCAUUCCGCUCGCUGCUGUAUCCUUUCUUUGUUGAAUUUUAACCAUCAUUGCUCAGGGAUUCUGGGUGCGUUAAGAUAGAAUUGCAAUGAAUGUUUGAGCAUUGCUCAGCAUUAGCAAGUUC